GAGUCGACGGGAGCGCGCAUGCACGGGCGGGUGCAAUCCAGUAGAGCCGAGAAUUCCAAAGCGCGUGUAUUUACCUACACUCGAAUCCCCGCGAUCCGCCGCAUUCCGAUUUUAACUUUACUUCGCGGAGAGCGCAAGCGAGCGAGGGAGAGAGAAAGAGCGCGCUAUCUCUACACGCGUUGAUCUCUAAAUCCUCACGGACUUUGUUUGUCUCUCUUUCUCUUUCUUGUCUCACUCCGUUUUCUUCCUUCUCCGAUCAAAACUUCGUCGAUCGCUCCUAUUUAUAUUGGACGCUCCGUCUCGUUCCUGCUCUCUUCUCUUACCAUCCUACGCUCUUCCUUCCUCACUCCAGCUACACUUCCCCUCCACCUUGGCUCUCACGUCGCGCUCCGCGCGAUCUACUGCGGCGCGAGUUUACCAAGUGGGAUCGUGGCUGAAAGCGCAAUAGUCAACCAAGUCAACUGUGUGACGACGUGAGUGUGUGAGAGGCGUGCAUUCCCUCGAUCGGAAGACGAGAGAGGCUGUCGCAAACUUAGUCCAAGUCGAGCGGCCGAUAAAGCGAGAGAGAAAAAGAGAGAGGCGGCGGCAUCAUAGGAGCUAAUCGAGGAAGAGAGAGAGAGAGAGAGAGAGAGAGAUAGAGAGCGAGAGCGAGCGGAAGAAGCUCUGUGUGUCACGUCGCUGGAGAAGAAAAACAAUUAAGAGCGAAAGGGAGAAGUAUACGCGACAGACGAGGCGACUUUACGACUCUUUCGAAGGAGGAGGAGUGCCGUUCGCCCUCGCACGUUCGUUCUCCGGCUCCCUCCCCCCUUUCUCUCCCUCCCCUACCUUUCCCCUCUCUCCGCGCUCGCGCGCCACCCCCGCUUCGUCCGCGGUCCCUCCACGUUGGCGGGAGGUCUCGCUUUCUCUCUCACUCACUCGCCACCACCGCGUCGCUGCCUUCGCUCCGCCGGCGGUUCCUUUUCUUUUAAACGCUCCUUCGUCAGUACGUCUCCGCCCGUCUUCGCGCGUGUCUAGUGCUCUCUCGUGUGACCGGAGGAGUGAGAACAACUUCGCCGUUCUCCAUCCGUUCCGACACCGCGCCGCUGUCGUCACCGCCGCCGCCGCCGUCGCCGCCGCUGUCGUUGUCGCCUCCGCGCACCGUCGCGGUUCUGCUCUCGCUCGCCGCGAUCCCCUCUGAGUGUUGCAUUAAGAGCAGCGUGCCCGCGCGCGCCCAACACGCGCCAACAUUCGCCAUUGAAGCAGCCGAGUACAAUUUGCGAUGUGUGAUAAUACUAACACGACGACGCAGAGUAUAGCGGACUACCUGUCACAGUUGCUCAAGGACCGGAAGCAGCUAGCUGCCUUCCCAAAUGUCUUCAUUCACGUGGAGCGGCUGCUGGACGAGGAGAUCGCGAAGGUGCGGGCGAGUCUUUUUCAAAUCAGCGGAGUGAAGAAGGAACCGCUCGUCUUGCCGGAGGCCGAGGGCGACAUCACGACGCUCACGGAGAAGGUCUAUGUGCCUGUCAAGGAACACCCAGAUUUCAACUUUGUCGGGAGGAUUCUGGGGCCGCGGGGUAUGACCGCGAAACAAUUGGAGCAGGAGACAGGAUGCAAAAUCAUGGUGCGCGGCAAGGGGUCGAUGAGGGAUAAGAAGAAGGAGGAACAGAAUCGGGGCAAACCGAAUUGGGAGCACCUGACGGACGAGUUGCACGUGCUGCUCACUGUCGAGGACACCGAGAAUCGUGCCACGUUGAAGCUCGCCCGUGCCGUCGAGGAAGUCAAGAAGCUACUCGUGCCCCAGGCUGACGGCGAGGAUGAGCUGAAGAAGAGGCAGCUAAUGGAACUCGCCAUUAUCAAUGGGACUUACCGGGAUUCGAAUACAAAGGUGGCCGCCGCGGCAGCCUGCGACGAGGAGUGGCGGCGAGUAGCCGCCGCCGCGGCGGAGACGCAGCGUCUACUGCCGGGCCUGGCGACGCCGAUGCGGACCCCGAGCGCACCCCUGGGCGCGCCCUUGAUCCUGUCGCCCCGGAUAUCGGUGCCCACGACCGCUGCAUCCCUGCUGAACGGCUCCGGGCCGCCUGGCUCGCUUCUGUCGGCCGGCGAUCCUCACGGCCUCAUCUACACGCCGUACGCGGAUUACGCUAACUAUGCCGCCCUGGCCGCCUCGCCGUUGCUCACCGAGUACGCCACUGCUGAUCAUUCUGGUGGGUUGUUUGCUCGUUGAUCGCGCUCUCCCGUGUUGCCGUGUUCUUCCCCGCCACGGCACCGAGAGAAACGGCCGAAACGAACGCCUCUCUAUGACACGAGAAACGGGGCUUUUUAUACGCGGAUGUUUUUUUAAUUUUUAAAGAGAUAUGCGCGACGGAAAGGACGAAACCUUGCGCUUUUUAUUAUUUUUAUUAAUAUUAUUAUUAUAUUGCGCAUUCGGCGCUGACGAUUGGUGACUCUCUGUGUUCCUCGGUGACUCCAAUAAUAUUUAGUUUUAGUUCUUUUUUAUGCACUGUAAAUCUCUCGAGAGAUUAGACGAGCAGCAAAUGAUUAACAGUGAAAUCGGGAAAGUCUUGAUGUUGAUCGCCGUACAUUUUCUAUUUUUAUUUAUAAAUUCUUUGCCGAGACAAUAAUCGCUGUAAAAGUUGCCCGUCUAAUUCCGGUACCGGUGCCAAUUUUUUUUUAUACAUUGCAUGCAUUUGGAAAUUAAUUGUCACAGGGGAAUGGAAUGAAAUUGAAUGCGACGUUACACCGAUUCACGAAACGUGAAGACCGUGCACAUUGCCUUUGCCGGGAGCAUCACCAAUCGACAGGUAGCACGUAAUCACGUAAAUUUGUAAGACGAUAAUUGUUAAUUACGCGACCCGAUCGCUUCUGUAGCUGUUAAUUAUUAUUAUUCACGUUGCAUCGUCGUAAUUAUUACUUUUUAUCGUCGCGUUAUUAUCUCCGUUCUUAUCGUCGGUCGUUGUUCUCGUCCCGAUGGCCGCGUCAUCGUCAUUAUUCAUCAUCGUCGUCCUCAUUAUCAUCAUCAUCAUCAUCAUCAUUAUCAUCAUCGUUAUCGCCAUCAUCGUAGCGAGUACUUUUUGCGAGGAUAGAUUAGAGUUAUAGAACACAACCGAAAAAUCAGUCAUUUACUAGUCGCGUCAGUUCAGAUUUAUUAUAAUUACGUGAAAGCCUUAGCAUGUAAUGUAUAUGCACCACCUUCGAAACAAUUGUGUCACGAAGAUUCAGGGUUAUCAGUUAGCGAUAGAGAAGUGGUAGGAACGGCUAGGCCGUGUUUCGCAGUAGGUUUCAAGAACGGUAUGUAGUUAAGUGUAGGUAUAGGAGGUAGGAGAUGGGAUAAGGCAUACGGUACUCGUCGUGUGUGCUGUAUCGCAUGUGGAUGUAGCUAUACUAGUCCCAAACUUUUCUUUCUUUCUUUUUUUUUUAUCGAUAUCGUGCCGUUCACCAGCAGCCACGUGUUUCGCCGUCUGGAGUACAUCUUUUCUCUCCUCAAGCCGCUUUUAGAGUGGCUGCACGGUGCAACUUUUGCUCGCUAAAGGAGGAUAAAAAUAUUCAGUUCGGUUGAAUCGGGAGAUUGUACAUUUUUUCUUUUGCGAGUAACGUUUUUUUUUCUGUUUAAAUUCGCUGGUGUAAAAUUUGACUUAAAAAAAAUUUUUUUUAGAUUUAUGACUUUAUAUUAACUUUAUUUUAAUUAGAAGUAUUAAAGUGUGUUUAUAUUUUGUCAACCGGACACGUCUUUUUGUCUCCUCAGAUCGAGUAAAUCGCACUGUGCGUAGAGGUAGAGCAAGGAUCACAGAUUUCGGCCCCGGUUGCAUACGGUCGUAUAGGGAGGGGAUAAAGAACCAAUCAUAUACUAAACACUCACUUAUUCUUCAAUAUAAUUGGGCCUUGCUCUUAGUUCUUCAUCCUUUCCCCAUGCGACCGUAUGCUAUCGGGGUCAGAAUCUGCGACUCUAUAUCCAAGGAGAUCGCGGGAGUCCAGCGAUGAAAAGAUAAUCGCGUUAAAUUCGGUGGUGCGUUGAAAGUCACGGCAAACCAGGUAUCUGCUACCCAGAACAAUCCCGCGAGAAAAGAAAGAAGAAAAAGAGAAACACAUCGAGAUAUUUUAGGCGCGAGAAAUCCCGUCUGUCCCUCCUCACCACAAUAUCCAAAGCACAUACUUCCCGUUGAGUGGUAGGUUGAACUUAUUGACGCACGCGACUCAUGUCCGAUCCUGGGCCCGUUUGAAAGCUGAGCCCGACGAGGUGAAACUGUCCAGGUAGUCUACAUACCCCCCUGGAUGUGUGUUCCUCGUCGCAACACGCGGAAGAUCGUGGACGCGUCUUUUCUCUUCCUCGAUGCACAAAGGCAUCCAGUUACCCGGUGAAUGCUCGCACGCAUUCGCGUCUCUUAACAUAUGAACCGUAAUAAAGGAGUGCUCGGUACGAUAUACACUCUUUAUACAUAUAUGUAUAUGCACAUGUGCGUAUAUCUCACGUUGGAAGUUUUUUUGCUUACGGUCAAUGAGAGACACGUGACGCGUUGUCGCGCAUUACUCAAUGCAGUAAUCAAAGGCCAUUCUUGUAGCUAUUACUUUUAUCGAUACGCGUAUGCACGUAGUUUUUACAGAGGAUAUAUUAUAUAUUAUAUAUAUUUAUUGAAGUAGAUGAUAUUAAUGUUGUAUAUUUUCUUAAAGCUUAUCUUAGAAUACGAGUUUGUGGUAGCUUCGACGACGGGUAUAGAGACGUGUACAGGAUUGCCAGUUUUGAUGUCCCAGUAGCGUACUUGCGAUAUCCAUAAUCGCUGAGCGCAUAUAGACACGGCACGUCGUUGUGUGCAUGCGCUGGUCGAGUGCCAGAACUGGCAGUUCUGGACGUGUAUUGUCGUCAGGGACGUUUCUUCUCCUUGCUAAUCAAUCUUUUUUUUAAAUCAACAGUUUUAUCUCUUUCGACAGAAUGAUGACAUUGCAUUAAACGAAAUUUAGUCCGCGUUUUUUAUUUUUCUCUUAUAUUCAUCUCGUUCGCGCUUUCGUCGAUACAUUCUUUGUCACACUUGAAUCAAAUUACAUUUUUACGAUCGCAACUAUACGAAGUACCACUAGAAUCCUAAUCAAAUCCCUCGGGUUGACCUAACACACAACUAAACAACUAAUAAACUUGAUCCGUCCACCUCUUACGAAACUCACCUCACGUUGUGUCUACUCACACAUUUUCUAUUUUGUCUAUUCUCUCGCUCCCACCUCUCAUCCGAAUGAAAACUUUACCUCCAAUUACGUAACUCUUUGACGACUCUAGCGAAGUAAUUACGUGAAUCGCUUUAGCGCAGCGAUCAUCUAAAUAAAAAAAAAACCUAAGAAGAAGAGUACUCUAUUGUGAGAUUUUCGAAGCAGUAGUUUUAUCGUUUUUUUUUCUUCUCUCCUCGUGCCGGAAAAAUUGAGUCUUUUACUAUUUAAAACGAUCGGCCGAGGUGAUUGCCUUCGAUCGUACGAUAGCAAUUGGAUUAGUGAGCAAUUUAGCGAGGACUCAUCGGUAAUGAACACAAAUUGGAUCUAUCGCGCGACGCGCCAUAUAAUGGCUGGUGAUAGGUAGCCUGUAAUGUAAUGUACGUAGGAUUUUUUCUUCUUUUUUUACGCAGGCAAUAUAUAGGUGGAGGGAGAAAUAUAUUACCCAGGGACCAAACAAUAUUUUGAGGACUGAUGGUUCUAGCGUUUACUUGUAGCGAAUUCAAACGAUACGGAUAAGGAGACUAUGCGUUGAAAAAGUACUUCCCUCUCUUUUUUUGUUUUCUUAUCGCACGUUUACGCCCUCCUAUCCCCCUUCCUCACAAAAAAGCAAACAAAGGAGAAUUGAGUGACGAGUUUAGCGCACGUAUUUAUACAGAUUAUUUUAUAGACACGCAAUACUCUUUUUCUGAUGGCAUAGUCUUUAAGUAAUAUUUAAAUAUUUAAAUAUGUGCAAAUCGUGUGUACACACACACACACACACACACACACACGUACAUAUAUCGUUAUCAUACCAUAUAUUAUAUAUAUUAUUUUAUACGUUUAUUUAAUUUUAUUUUUAUAAAGAUUUAGCCGUUUACAUAGAUAUAUUUAUACGAGGUUGAGGGCCGCAGCAAGACGAGUAGAUGUAAUCUCAAUACUCAUUGUUGUUAGAAACGAGUAGAAUGGUUGGAUACAUUUUUUUAGUUUACAUGACAAAGACUUACCUGAUUUCAUUGACAAGAAUCAAAAGUGCGAGGUUGAACCGUGCGCGAAAGUGCGAAGGAAGGUAGCCCGGUGUCAACGAUAGCUUUCUCUCAAGUCUAUAAUUUAUUACGAGUUUUAUACAUAUACAUACACGCACGCGUAAAAAUCUCUCCGAUGUACCUAGAUACAAGCAUCGAUACAAGCGAAAAGGGAGGUGUCAUAUCUAUAUGGUAGAUUCGUUUAAUAGGUAAUAAAUAAGUAAGUAAGUAAGUAAGUAAAUAAGUAAGUAUGUGUAUCUCCCCGAUGAAGCUGCGUCUCGCCUCCCGAAGGCGGGGAUUGUUUUUAAUUGAAGUUUCAGGGACGAACGAUUUACACACUGACGAUUUACAGUAUUCUUACAGAGUGUUCUGGUAGGCACAAAGCUUGCCCCACUACAGGCUUAAAGACUACGACCGAGCAUAAGCUCAUGAGAGAGAUACGGUCGCGUGUUGGGAACGUCAUGCUGCUUUAUCGAGAUGUCUUUAAGCGAGAAUUACCGAGAUACUUUGUACACGAGUAGAUAUUAAUGAAUGAGAAAUCUAUAUAACUGGAUCAUGUACUAUAUUCCUGAAAUCAUAUCUUUGACAAGAAGAUGAAGUUUUAACUAUAGUGCUUCUAAAUCUUUUAAAAUCGGUAGUUCCAACUUCGGAUAAAUUAUUUAAUGGCUAAACGUCUAGACGUAUAGACAUGGACAUUUAUUCAUUAAAUAAUUUAUUAUGUAUAAUUUAUCCUGACAUUGAACAACCGACUCUUUUACUCAAAGAUGUUUCAGCGUUGUUCAAUAUUCAAACAGCAAUCGUUUUAAUAUGGUCGAGAUCAAGCAGCACGCGUAUUUCUGUAUAUUCCACGCUCAAGUCGAGAAGAAAUAAAGAGCAUUCUUACGGAUGUCUCGUGUCACCGUGUUUUCGCAGUAUUUCCACCGUAUCCGCAGUAUUUUCGCGCACGUUUCAGGCAUUUAGUAGCUUUCACGUUUAUAACCCCCCCGAAGAGAUGAUCGCGUCAACGAUCGUGAGCUCGGUUGCAUCGGUCGUAGGCUGAAGGCAACUAUCAGCAUUAAUCCGACGACAUCACCACGAGCCGGUUUCCAGUUCGGGAGGGGUGGUUUCUCUCGCGAGGCCAAUCCGCUUCCGUCUUGCCGACGUCGUGGCGAUGUCGUCGCUGGAACCCGUUGUACAGAGAAAGAAAGAGAAGGAAGAAAAACAUUCUUUCCUGAAUGUAUCGUAAAUUAGUAAAAUUAGUCGAAUGCGUGUAUUUAUUGUCCGCGUCUGCAUAAAACACAAUUUUUGAAGGAAAAUAUUGAAAUUUCUUUGUGGCACGGGUUCCUCUUUCCCGAUAUGUGUCGUUUCUUUGCACUGAUAAUAGCGGUAGGAUUCUAGAUUUUUUUAGUGAGCCGAGAGACAAGGGUGGAUGGGCGCGGAUCCCUUGACGGAUUCGCGCGGCAAAAAGUGAUUGUGCGCCGGAAGUGACGGUCCUGCUGACCAUACUCAUGCUGUGUAUAUUGUUGGCGACAGGCGCAGCGGCGGCCGCCGCCAAGCAGCGUAGACACCUGGGUCAGAUCCGCGAGCACCCUUAUCAAAGGGCCGGCGCUCUCUCGUGAACACACAGAGACGGUGCGAGUACAUAGAGAGAGCGAGAGAGAGAGAAA